CUUGGAUGCAGCUGCUCGGCUAUAGAAACCCAUUCCAUGAAGUUAAACAACCAAACGAGAAAAAGCCACCUAAUAUGACACACAAAGUUUGGAGGUCUUUAGCUAUUGACUCUGCAGAGAGUUGGCGACUUCUGCGCACUUCAGCAUGCUCUGACCCCUCUCUGUCAUUUUAUGUGGCUUACCACUUCGUGGCGGAGUUUCUGUUGUUCCCACUUGCUUCCACUUUGUUAUAGUACCACUAACAGUUGACCGUGGAAAUUUUCUAAUAAAAAGGAAAUUUCAUGGAUGGACUUAUUGCACAGGAGGCAACCUAUCAUGGUACCACGCUUGAAUUCACUGAGCUCCUGAGAGCAACCCAUUCUUUCACAAAUGUUUGUAGUUGCAGUCUGCAUGACUAGGUGCUUGAUUUUAUAUACCUGUGGCCAUUGAGGUGAUUGGAUCACCUGAAUCCAAAGAUUUGGAGGGGCAUCCCAAUACUUUUGGCAAUGUAAUG